UGUGAUGCUCUUAGAGUCUGCGCAAAAUCAAAAGUGUGCGUAACAUCCCCGGAAACUUUAGAUACCCUUUAUCAAAGUUCACAAACAAUUACCUCCAACUUGAUAAAUGCAUAGAACAAGUCUUACGUGGAAUAGACUCACCUUAGAAAUACGGCAAACCAGGUUGUACUUUAGGCACGACUUCUAACAAGAGAUUGUAUUAAACUACUAUGAGCUGCUUUUCCGAGUCCUCAAAAAAUAGUUUUCGCAUCCUCAUGAAAAACGUCGUAGAAGCAUCUUGCACUAGAUUAGUCAUCAGGUGAUUUUAAGACUUGACUACUGUUAAAAUUUAGAAGGCGCUCUUGCAUUCCGACAUGGUAUGUCACAUUUAUUUAUUUGUGUCACGUGUCUUCUGGUGGGCUGGGAAUGUUGCUCAGGAUCAUCCAUAAAGUGCAGCUUCACCUUUAGGAUAGAAAGAGACUUGGGUAAGUCUAGUCUUCAUUUAUAGGGAUCACAUGCGAUCCUAUAGGUCGGUCAGGUAUUGUUAGUCCUUGAGUUAGGUAUUUCUAUGAAGCUCAAACUUAUUUCUGAAAGCAUUCAUCGUUUUAUCUGGCGCGUUUUGUGUGCACUGGUUACUGGCCACUUGAUCAAAAGGUGGAAUCAUACCCUGAGAUUUCUUGAUUGAGGUUACUGCUCAUUUUUGUGAUGGCCUCCUGUAUAAUCGAUCUCAUGUGGAGCAAAAAUGUAAUAUAUUGUCAGCGUCUGAAUGACGUUUUUGCAUGAAAAAUGUGCCAGCAUAAGACUGGAUUGCUAUACACCAUUAACAGGAAAGAUCGGAAAAACUCAGUGCCAGCUUUAUCUCUACGGCCGUUGAGCAGCAGAUCGAAACUUUGAGCGAUACUACCGUGAAGUGUUUGAGACAGUUCGUGAAAUUCUUAUGUUUAAUUGUAAUUAAACCUUGGUCUAGAAAGUUUCUCCGUGUUCUGCAAAGGUUUUCAAGCGGACUUAUUGUUUUUCAAUGUAAGCGGAAAAAUCUACUCCUCCCAAACUUUGCUUCACGAAAUAGAUUUUUUUAUAAAACGUUAUUACUUUUUUACCUGAUUGUUUCUCAGUUGUGCAAUUGUGGGCUGAAAACUGUAAAAUGAUCCAAAUCUCUUCCACUGAACCGAUUCUUCCCCAGUGCAACUGACAGGUUGUAGUUAAAAUGUGAAAAAGCCUUACACAUGAUUUUCAUGUUUUAUCUAAUCAUACAUUCACAUAUUCAGUAGCCCAAGGAUCUCUCUUAAGUAACAUAGAUAAUGUGGCAGUUCAUGUAGGAAGGUCUAUCAAAAUAUGUCGGUAUACAUUUAGGGUAAUAAUUAUAGAAAUCGUUCAGUCAAUAUCCACUUUGAAGCAGUUGUAGACGUAGGAGGUGAAUGUUUUCGGCUUAUCUUUUCUAUAUUCUCUACAGAACUUCGUACUAUGUAUAAGAGUAGAUAAUCGUGCCAUAAUCAACAACGAAAAUAGCUAAACUAGUAAAUGACAUUGGAAAACUAAAUUAUCUCAUGUAUGGUCUUAUACCGUACUCGAAAACUUAUAGUUAUAUUCGGCAGGAUACUGUAAGGCUCAAAACUAGUUAUAAAACAUUUUUAUCCAUAUAUGCAUAACAGAAUACAUAAGUCAGUUACAACAUCGAUAUCGUCACCUGCUUGAAAUAAAAGUACAAGUUUCGAUCGAUACAAAUUUUAAAAAGAAUGAAUACGUUCCAGCAAAAAAACGUGUCUUUACGACAAUAUAAUUUUUUGAAGCUGUAAAAUCGUAUUUGUAGGUAAUUUUUACAUGUAGUAUUCUAUGGUGAAAUACAGAGGUUUUAAAAGAUUAUCAAAAGUGGUCAAACUUAUUCAACUGCAAGUCACUGGAAUUGGAUUGAUAUUGUGUUGUAUAGUGAAGAUUAUCAAAACUUUACUUCAAGUGUUAAGAGUAUUAAUUCACGAAUAUAAAGGUGUUGUUUGGGUAUAUUUAAAGUUUCCAAGUGCUGAAUAAAAAUGGUUGUCUCAUUUAACAAGUAAACCAGAAAUCAUCAAGCGCUUACGUUAUUUAAUGGUUUCUGAAGUUAUUAGAGGUAAUAAUUUACAGAAUGAGAGCAAAAAUAAAUGUUCACUUGACAGAUGACGAGAUAAUAAUUAACAAUAUAAUUUGUGAAAUUCAAAUAGUUGCUGGGAUCAUAGGUGAAUAAUGGAUUGAACACGACUUUUCUGUUCACAUCGUUUGGUUUGAAAUGAUAAACUGCCAUAGGCGUUUGCAGAUAAGUGUUAAGGAUGAAUUGCCGCUCUGGGUCACCUCACUGUGUAUCUAUCAGUUUGCUUGCUCUUGUGGAGCAGGCUAUAUUGGUCGUACAAAUUAGGCACUUGGUGAACAAAUAUUCGAACACUAGCUUUGAUGGUUACUUAAAGGGUAAUACAAAUCGGUUAACAGCUUAUCUGUUGAACACAUGGUCAAUCGUGACCAAACCCAUAGCGUGAAUAUUUAUUCAAAAUUCUUUCCCAAAUAUUUGUGUACAGCUAAUACGAUAGCAAAUCACCACUUCAAACCCAAACGAUGUGAACAGAAAAGUCGUGUUCAAUCCAUUAUUCACCUAUGAUCCUAGCGACUAUUUGAAUUUCACAAAUUAUAUUGUUAAUUAUUAUCUCGUCAUCUGUCAAGUGAACAUUUAUUUUUGCUCUCAUUCUGUAAAUUAUUACCUCUAAUAACUUCAGAAACCAUUAAAUAACGUAAGCGCUUGAUGAUUUCUGGUUUACUUGUUAAAUGAGACAACCAUUUUUAUUCAGCACUUGGAAACUUUAAAUAUACCCAAACAACACCUUUAUAUUCGUGAAUUAAUACUCUUAACACUUGAAGUAAAGUUUUGAUAAUCUUCACUAUACAACACAAUAUCAAUCCAAUUCCAGUGACUUGCAGUUGAAUAAGUUUGACCACUUUUGAUAAUCUUUUAAAACCUCUGUAUUUCACCAUAGAAUACUACAUGUAAAAAUUACCUACAAAUACGAUUUUACAGCUUCAAAAAAUUAUAUUGUCGUAAAGACACGUUUUUUUGCUGGAACGCCUUCAUUCGUUUUUAGUAAUGGAAAUGUGUGCAGCUAUUUAAAUUAAAUCUUAUUGUCAACGUUUUCAAAUUAACAUGCCUUGGAUUUAGCUAGGGUAAUAAUUUUGUGGAGAACACUGGUUUAAAAAUCGAUUCAAGUCAGCAAAAAUUAAGAUAUAUCCGCUUAUUCUUUGUAAUAGAAAGAUUCAAGAGAAAUAACACUCCUUUUUUCAGUGUGUACUGUGAAGAGAUUUCAACACCACCAGUCGCUUUAAUAAAGUCCAAGAGUUUUGAUAAGGAGCUUCCUACUAAUCUGUACCUAACCCGUGUACAGUGUUGUUUGAAGUUUUGCAUUGACGCUAGGAUAUCUUGCUUUACAAACGAAGUUUGAUUUUGCCAAGUUACUCUGAAGGAAACCAUUUUGUUACAGAAAUUUUCGAAGUGUUUUGGACUUUUCUGCCAUAUCCUUGGAUGAAGCGUUGUGUGACGACUUCAUGAAACAUUUCAAACAGUGAACUGAGAGAUAACAUUUGUAUCUUUUGUUUUUUGUAAGAUCAAUAACUUAAUGAACUGCGACCUGUAGUCUUAUGAACACAAAAAUAACUUCAGAUAGAAUUCAAAAUCCGUUAUUCGUUAGUCACUGAGUGAAACGCACUGCCAGCACCAGUGAUAUUAACUUAUUUAGUGACUGGCUACACGGAAGUAUCAUGCUUUUAUGCCAAACUAUCUAAAAAAAUAAAACUUACUGUGUCUCUGUAAUUAAAAACAAAGGUUGUGGAGAGAUUCUUGACCUCUAAGUCGAAGAGUUCGCAAUUACAACAAUGCUGACUGGUUCUUACGCUGGUCAGACGUGCAAAAAUAAGCGCAAUGGCAUGGGAACAUAUCUCUAUAAAAAUGGAUACUACAAGUAUGAAGGUGAAUGGAUUAAUGGUAAAAGAUGUGGAACUGGAAGAUUUUCUAUGAAGGAUGGAAGUAUUUAUGAAGGCAGCUUUAUUGAUGGGGAGAUGUGUGGAAAUGGACGAAGAUUUUAUGCACUAUCAAAAAACGAAUAUAUCGGUCACUUUUUGUUCGGGGAACGUCAUGGGUAUGGUCUAAUGAAGUAUGGAGAUGGAUCCACGUACGAAGGAGAUUGGUAUCACAAUUUACAACAAGGUCAUGGAAAGUAUGUCGAUGUAGUCAAGAAUAAAUAUGUCGGUGAGUUUUUUCAAAAUAAAAAAAAUGGACCAGGAUGUCUACAUUCACACAAACUUUCUUACAUAGGGUAUUGGAAAAAUAAUAUUUACGAUGGUAAUGGUAUCCUAAAGAUGAUAAACGGAAUGACAUAUGAAGGGGAAUUCAAAAAUGGUAAACCAAAUGGACAGGGUAAACUAACACGCAAAGCGAAUCUGUUACCUGAUUAUGAAGGUUUAUGGAAAGAUGGUCUACCCUGUCAAGUAGCAAAUCAUAUGAAGUUGUCAAUUGAAUUGGAAAAAGAGAAUUUACGGUCCAAUUCAUCCUGUUUAGUUGAAUAUCGAAAUUCUCCAAUCAAAGAGAAAAGUUAUCAGUUUGCUUCAUCUUCAAGGAUGGAAAUUGUAUCAAAUGAAUUGGAGAUGAAAUUUAAUAUUGAUAUUUGCAUAUUCAAUAAUAAUCGAAGGAUUUUAAUUGAAGAAAGUCAUCGACAACUUGCUUUAUGGAUAGGAAAAGUUUGUAAAGAUAAUAUGCAAAGGGAAUUUUCUGUUGAUCUUCAAAUUUCAGUGGAAACGCCACUCUUGUUAUUACUAAAGGAAAAAGGGAUUUAUACAAUGGAGACACCUUUCGGUUCAUACAUCUAUCCAGUUGGUUCAGUAAAGUUAAUUUCCGAUAAAACAGGAAUAGAUGAACAAAAUUCACCAGUUCAUUCAAUUGAUGAUAACAUCGAUCAUGUUAUAACUAAUUUUGAUUUAAACGAAGAAGAUAAAAGAAAUGUAAAUAAUCAACCGAGUAAUAGUAUUAUAGAAAAUGAAAAUCAACAAUUACUGAAUGAAGUAUUUGUAUACAAACAAUCUACUAAACGUGGUUUCAUUUCUUAUUCUAUCAUAAAAUCUCUCAUCAAUAAUCAAAAUAUAAAUGAAACAAACCAUAUAGAAGAAGAUGUUAAGACAAUAUCAAUGUUAGAUGAUCAUGAAUAUUGUAUUGAUUUAUCAAAGAUUGAAAAAUCAGUACAUUUAUUUGAAGAAUUUACAAAUUCACCAUGCCUUAAUCAACUACAAUUUGGUGAACAAUUUAUUCUAGUCGUUGAAGAUAUAACACCACGGAAUGAAGAGGAGAAUGAAGAAUUUCAUGUGGAUACGAUUCCAGAUCAUAUUUUGAGAACACCAGAACGUCUUUCACCGUUAUUUAUCAAGUUAUGUUACAUUUCAAGGGAAUAAUUUAUUAAAUGAUUUUGAAAUUUAGGAAAACGUAUAACAUUCUAUUACAAUAUACAUAUGUGUUGUUAUUCCAUCUUACAUUUUGAAAUGAACGUUUAAUAAAAGCGAAUUCUGAGUAUACAGAAUGUAGCUAAUAGUGGAAUCCAGGAUGCGCGUCUAGUUUUGUUUUGAACAAGUCAGUUGAUUUUCACCUCAGGAUUCGAGUUCAUUAUCUUUUGCUCUAAACCCCAACGUGUUAUCGGCUUAGUUACUUAGUCUAAACAGCCAUUCACUUGUGCAGCGGAUAUGAAUUUGAAUUUAAUUUGUAACCGUUUAAGUUAUCCCUACGUUGACAUUUGAGGCAAUUAGGAUUGAUCAAAUUUCAGUUAAAGUAUCAACAACAAGGUAAACCAAAGCACUACAAACUCAACGUAAACUUACUUCAUCUUCUAAUUAUGACAUAAAUAGUUAGGUUGAAAGUUAACUAAUAUCAAUAAUGUUGUAACAUAAUUUUGUCGACAAUAAUUUUACGCAUAAAUAGUUUGAAGAUGUUUAACAUGGAUUAAAAUACUGAUCAUCCACCCCCACUCCCAAAUAAAAAAGCGAAUUCCUCGUAAGAUAAUGUGGUUCAUAUUUUACCAUUAGUCCACUUCAUAAAGUCACAGAAUAUUAUUUUGAAGCACACAUGGGCAUGUGAACAUUUUAUCUAAAAUUUCAAACAUAAUAGAAAAAAUCGGUUCAAG